GUAACGCCUUGGAAUAAUAGGGGAAUUUAAAGGAAAAUUUGACUAGUAAAUCGAUAUUUAUAUAUACACAUACAUAUACACUUUUUUUAUUUUAUUUUAUUUUACUUUGUUCAUUCGUUAAUCAAAUUAUGAAUAGUGUCUCACCUGUAUGGUAUUAUAUUCAAAGAAGAUCUACUAUGAAAUAUGAUAUAGAUGGAGAACAUGAUGUAGAUCAAAGUGUAAAUGAUCCCUUUUUCUUUCAAGAAUAAAAAAUAAAAUAACGAUUUAUAAUAGUGGAUGAAAGAAGUGAAAUCAGAAAGCAAAGGAAAGAUUUUACCUCGAUUUCAGUUAAGAAAUUGGUCUGGAGACGAUUUAAGGGCCUUUAUAUCUAAUGAACAAGAAGCAGAAGAAUUAGCUUUACAAAUCAAUAAACAAGUCGAAAAAUAUGCAUUUGAUGGUGUUGUUAUGGAAUGUGGAUUCCCUACAUUCUUUCAAGCCUUUUUAAUCAAAUUAUCUCAGCUUUUACAUCAACAAAACCGUCAAUUGAUUGUUGUUUUACCAGCUAUUCUAAUAGAAGAACAUAAAAGACUUAUAAAUGAUAAAUUAUUUGAUAUGAUGCUAAAUUACGUAGAUCGAUUUAGUUUAAUGACUUAUGAUUAUUCAAGCCAUAUCCCAAAUGGUGGCCCUGCUGCACCUAUUGAAUGGAUCAUGGAUAAUAUUGAAUAUUUAACUAAUUCAGAAAAUAGACAUAAAUUAUUAAUUGGUUUAAACAUGUAUGCCAUGUCUUAUUCACCUACAAGAUCACCGGAACCUUUAGUCAUGAAGACUAUAAUUGAAAAACUAAGUAAUGACAAUCGAGCCUAUGAAGAAUUUAAUUGGGAUAAAGAAAGUCAAGAAGCAUGGUUUAUUGACAUUGAUAAAGAAAAUGGUGAUAGACUAGGUACUAUUUGGUUACCAACAUUAAGGUCAAUUAGAAAUCGUCUUCGUUUAGCAAAAGAUUAUGGAGUUGGUGUAGCGCUUUGGGAAGUAGGUCAAGGUUUAGAUUAUUUCUUUGAUCUUUUUUGAUCUUUUUCUUCUUCUUCGGGAAUUAAAUGCAUGUAGUUGUACAAAAAUAAAAACCAAUAUCAUUAUACUUCUGUUGCAUAGCAAUCAG